AAGAUUAAACAAGGGCCAUCCUAGGGAACCCUCAAGCUGGAUACUUCCCUUUCCUCCUCCGUUAGAUUCUUCCACUGAUCAAAGAAAGGAGGAGGUGGGGGGGGGGUUGAAAAGGAAGAGGAAUCCAGACCAAUCACCCACCUCCCUCUCUCCCCCCUCCUCCUCCUGUUCCCUCCUUCUCUUCCAAGCGAAUCAGCCCCCCAGCUCCCGUUUGACAUGCAAUCCUCUUUCGGUUGGGACAAGCCGGCAUGCCACUGCAGCUUUAAACGGAAUUGGGGGAAAUUGGGGAUUUUUGCUCUCAUGACGGUGGAAGUGAGCUAUUGGAGCCGGAUUUUACUGCUCUCGGUGGGGGUUUUGGCAACAACAGCCACCGCCCAGAACUGCAGUUACAUUUUGCAAGGUCCAAACGGGACAAUACAAAGUCCGGGGUUCCCGUACGGCUAUCCAAAUUAUGCAAACUGUACCUGGACAAUCACCGCCAAAGAGCAGAACAGAAUUCAACUUGUUUUCCAGUCCUUUGCGCUAGAGGAAGAUUUUGAUGUCUUAUCUGUUUAUGAUGGGUUGCCCCAACAAGGAAGCCUAAGAACAAGGCUCACGGGUUUCCAGCUGCCUCCUCCCAUUGUGAGUACUGGAGUGGUGCUGUCCUUGUGGCUUGUAAGUGACUAUGCUGUCAGUGCUCAAGGAUUUCAGGCAACCUAUGAAGUUCUUCCGAGCCACACGUGUGGAAAUCCAGGAAGGCUUCAGAAUGGAAUCCAGCAAGGCACAACAUUCAGCGUGGGAGACAAAGUGCGUUACAGCUGCAACCCUGGUUUCUUUUUGGAGGGGCACGCAUUGCUCACUUGCCACGAGACCAUGGAAAAUACCGCAUCCUGGGAUUUCCCUCUGCCCUUCUGUCGUGCCGAUGAUGCCUGCGGUGGGACACUUCGAGGGCAGAGUGGAAUAAUUUCAACCCCCCAUUAUCCUUUGGAGUACAACAACAAUGCUGACUGCACAUGGACGAUUUUAGCAGAGCCUGGAGACACCAUAGCUCUGGUUUUCUUGGAUUUCCAAUUGGAGGAUGAAUAUGAUUUUUUAGAGGUCACUGGAACGGAGGGAUCCUCUUUAUGGUUUACAGGAACAAACCUUCCUGCUCCUGUGAUCAGCAGCAAAAACUGGCUUCGUCUUCAUUUUAUGUCCGAUGGGAACCACAGACAGAAGGGUUUCAACGCACAAUAUCAGGUCAAAAAGCAAAUGGAGAUUAAGUCCCGGGGAGUGAAAUUGAUGCCAAGUAAAGACAUGAACCAGAAGACAUCUGUGUUAACACAGGUUGGUGCGUCCCAGGGACAUAACAUGUGUCCGGACCCUGGGAUUCCAGAUCGGGGCAAAAGAAUAGGCAAUGAUUUCAGGUUAGGAUCCAGUGUCCAGUUCACCUGCGGUGAAGGUUAUGACUUGCAAGGCUCCAAAAGCAUCACCUGUAAGAAGCUGAGUGGUAUGAUAGCUGCCUGGAGUGACCAGAGACCUGUGUGUCGAGCUAGAAUGUGUGAUACGUACCUCCGAGGGCCCAGUGGUAUUAUCACAUCUCCUAAUUAUCCUGUCCAGUAUGAUAACAACGCAUACUGUGUGUGGGUGAUCACAGCAGUCAAUCCAGCCAAGGUAAUCAAACUUAAUUUUGAAGAAUUUGACUUGGAGAGAGGAUAUGAUACAUUAACUGUGGGAGAUGGAGGCCAGGUUGGAGACCAGAAAAGUGUGCUUUAUGUUUUAACAGGUACAACCGUCCCUGAUCUGAUUGUCAGCACUCAACAUCAGAUGUGGCUCCUCUUCCAGACUGAUAGUGUGAGGAACCUAUUAGGGUUCAAAGCAACCUAUGAAGAAAUUGACCAGGGAAGCUGUGGAGAUCCCGGAAUGCUGGCGUAUGGCAAGAGAGAAGGGUCAACAUUUCGCCACGGAGACUCGUUGACAUUUGAAUGCCAGCCUGCAUUUGAACUGAAGGGGCAGAAAACAAUCACUUGUCAAAAAAGUAGCCAGUGGUCUUCUCAGAAACCAGUCUGUGUUUUUUCCUGCUUCUUCAAUUUCACCAGUCCAUCUGGGAUUGUGCUCUCCCCGAAUUACCCCGAGGAAUAUGGCAGCAGCUUGCACUGCGUUUGGCUAAUCAUCGCAAAACCUGAAAGUCGGAUCCAUUUGGCUUUCAAUGAUUUUGACGUGGAGCCUCAGUUUGACUUCUUGGCGGUGAAGGAUGGUGGAACAGCUGAAUCACCCACCCUCGGGACCUUCUCUGGAAGCCAACUCCCAUCUUCUCUGACCAGCAGUGGCCAUGUUGCCAGGCUGGAAUUCCAGACAGAUCACUCCACCGAGAAACGUGGCUUCAACAUCACAUUUACCACCUUCAGACACAAUGAGUGUCCUGACCCAGGAGUUCCGGUCAAUGGGAAGCGCUUUGGUGAUAGCCUCCAACUUGGGAGCUCGGUCUCUUUCCUGUGUGACGAAGGCUUCAUAAGGACCCAUGGCUCAGAAACAAUCACCUGCGUCUUGAAGGAAGGCAAUGUGGUUUGGGAUAACGCAGUCCUGAGAUGUGAAGCUCCCUGUGGUGGCCACCUAACCUCACCAAAUGGAAUGAUCCUGUCUCCAGGGUGGCCGGGAUUCUACAAGGACUCUCUCAACUGUGCAUGGGUCAUUGAAGCUCAACCAGGGUACCCAAUCAAAAUCACAUUUGACAGGUUUAAAACGGAGGUGAAUUAUGACACGCUGGAAGUGCGGGAUGGCAAAUCCUACUCCUCCCCCUUGAUUGGGGUUUAUGAUGGGACCCAAGUCCCCCAGUUUCUCAUCAGCACCAGCAAUUUCCUCUACCUGCUCUUCACCACAGACAAAAGUCACUCGGACGUUGGCUUUCAGAUCCACUAUGAAACGGUAAAGCUCCAGUCCGAUCACUGUUUGGAUCCAGGGAUUCCAGUCAAUGGUCUACGAUAUGGGAAUGAUUUCUAUGUGGGGGCACUGGUGACUUUCGGCUGUGAUCCAGGGUAUACUUUGAGUGAUAGUGAAGCUCUGGAGUGUGAGCCAAAUUUUCAGUGGAGCAGGCCGCUUCCAAGCUGUGAAGCUCUCUGUGGAGGAUACAUUCAAGGAUCAAGUGGCACUGUAUUAUCCCCAGGCUUUCCAGAUUUCUACCCCAACAAUUUAAAUUGCACUUGGAUUAUAGAAGCUUCACAUGGCAAAGGUGUUUUCUUCACUUUCCACACUUUCCAUUUGGAGAGUGGUCACGACUACCUGUUGAUCACUGAAAAUGGCAGCUUCAGUCAGCCACUGAAACAGCUCACUGGUUCCCACCUGCCUGCUCCUUUUAGCGCUGGUCUCUUUGGGAACUUCUCUGCUCAGAUCCGCUUCAUCUCGGACUUCUCCAUUUCUUAUGAAGGCUUCAACAUCACUUUUUCAGACUAUGACUUAGAACCUUGUGAUGAGCCCGAAGUGCCAAUCUACAGCAUCCGCAAAGGUCUUCAGUUUGGCGUGGGGGACAUCUUGACUUUCUCCUGCUUCCCUGGGUACCGACUGGAAGGGGUCUCCAGCAUUACUUGCCUGGGCGGUAGACGGCGUGUGUGGAGUUCGCCACUGCCAAGGUGUGUUGCGGAAUGUGGUUCUUCUGUGACUGGGACUCAAGGUGUCCUCUUAUCUCCAAAUUAUCCCCUAAACUACAACCACCACCACGAAUGUAUCUAUUCCAUCCAGACACAGCCAGGAAAAGGAAUUCAGCUUAAAGCCAGGGCAUUCAGCUUGGAAACUGGAGAUGUCCUCAAGAUUUAUGAUGGCAACAAUAACUCGGCUCGUCUGCUGGGCUCCUUCAGCCAUGCAGAGAUGUUGGGUCUCAAUGUCAACAGCACUUCCAGCUCGAUGUGGCUUGAAUUCAUCACGGAUGGAAAUGGCACAAAUCAAGGUUUUGAGCUGCAGUUUUCUAGUUUUGAUUUAAUCAAAUGUGAGAACCCUGGUAUCCCACAAUUUGGCUACAAAGUCCACGAUGAGGGACAUUUUGCAGGGAGUUCCGUCUCUUUCAGUUGUGAUCCUGGCUACACAUUACGCGGAAGCCGUGUGCUUACUUGCUUGACUGGAGAGCGAAGAUCCUGGGACCAGCCUCUCCCCACCUGCGUAGCUGAGUGUGGGGGCAGCAUUCGAGGUGAGUCUUCAGGAAGGAUCCUGUCUCCAGGGUUUCCAACGCCCUACGAUCACAAUCUCAACUGUGUCUGGACAAUUGAAGCAGAAGCUGGUUGCACAAUAGGGCUCCAUUUCAUGGUUUUCCAUACAGAGGACUUCCAUGAUGUUUUGAGAAUCUGGGAUGGGCCAGUGGAGAAGAGCAUCCUCCUGAAAGAAGUUAGCGGUUCUGUCUUGCCCAAUGAUAUCCACAGCACCUUCAACUUGGUGGUCCUUCAAUUCAACACGGACUUCUUCACCAGUAAACAGGGCUUUGCCAUUCAGUUUUCAGUGUCCACCGCCACCUCCUGCAAUGACCCUGGGAUCCCACAGAACGGAAGCCGGAGCGGAGACAGCAAGGAAGCAGGAGACAACAUCAUUUUCCAGUGUGAUGCAGGAUACACCUUGCAGGGGGACGCUAAGAUCAGCUGUGUGCAGAUCGAGAACAGGUUCUUUUGGCAGCCUGACCCACCCACUUGCAUAGCACCUUGUGGUGGGAUCCUGGCAGGACCUUCAGGGGUUAUCUUGUCCCCUGGUUACCCAGAGCCUUACCCUCCAGGAAAAGAGUGUGACUGGAAGCUGACCGUCUCACCGGAUUAUGUCAUCGCUCUGGUGUUUCACACGUUUAAUUUGGAACCAGGGUACGAUUUCUUGCACAUCUAUGAUGGGCCCAGCUCAGUUAGUCCCCUGAUUGGGAGUUUCUAUGAUACCCAAGUACCAGAAAGGAUUGAGAGCAGCAGUAACAACCUCUUCCUGGCCUUCCGCAGUGAUGCUUCCGUCAGUAAUACAGGAUUUGUAAUCCAUUACACAGAAAACCCCAGAGAAUCCUGUUUUGAUCCAGGUCUGAUUAAGAAUGGGACUCGUGCUGGAAGUGAGCUGAAACUGGGCUCCAUAAUCACAUAUUACUGUGACAGUGGUUAUGUGAUUGAAGGGAUAUCCACUUUGACAUGUGUUAUGGGAGGAGAUGGGAAACCUGUGUGGAACAAGCCAAGGCCUAUGUGUACAGCACCAUGUGGAGGUCAGUACACAGGAUCGGAUGGUGUCGUCCUGUCCCCCAAUUAUCCUCAGAACUAUACCAGUGGACAAGUGUGCCUGUAUUUCAUCGUUGUGCCCAAAGAUUAUGUGGUAUUUGGCCAGUUUGCCUUCUUCCAGACAGCUCUCCAUGACAUCAUUGAAGUACAUGAUGGUCCAAACCAACAUUCUCGCCUCCUCAGCUCUCUCUCUGGUUCUCAUACAGGUGAAUCAUUGCCUCUGGCUACCACCAACCAAAUACUGAUCAAGUUCAGUGCCAAAGGGCAGGCCACAGCCAAAGGUUUCCAUUUUGUCUAUCAAGCGGUUCCACGAACCAGUGCCACCCAGUGCAGCUCUGUACCAGAGCCCCGUUAUGGGAGACGAAUUGGCAGUGAUUUCUCGGUGGGGGCUGUGAUCCAGUUUGAGUGUAAUGCUGGCUAUGCCCUCAAGGGAUCACACAGCAUUGAAUGCUUGACGAUGCCUGGAACUCUUGCCCAGUGGAACUCUUCGGUGCCUACUUGUCUUGUGCCUUGUGGUGGAAACUUAACAGAGCGAAAAGGCACCAUUUUGUCCCCUGGAUUCCCUGAGCCCUACUUGAACAGCCUCAACUGUGUGUGGAAAAUAACUGUCCCUGAAGGAGCUGGAAUACAGAUCCAAGUGAUCAGUUUUGUCACAGAACAGAACUGGGACUCCCUAGAAGUCUUUGAUGGAGGGGACAAUACAGCCACCAUGUUAGGCAGCUUCUCAGGUACCACUGUCCCUGCCUUGCUCAACAGUACCUCUAACCAGCUGUAUUUGCACUUCUACUCUGAUAUCAGUGUCUCUGCUGCUGGAUUUCACCUGGAGUACAAAACUGUGGGUCUCUCCAGUUGCCCAGAACCUGCUGUCCCCAGUAAUGGCCUGAAAAUUGGUGAAAGAUAUGUGGUGAAUGAUGUGGUCUCCUUUCAAUGUGAGCCAGGAUAUGCUCUCCAGGGGCACUCUCAUAUUUCCUGCAUGCCAGGAACUGUGCGACGCUGGAACUAUCCUCCUCCACUUUGCAUAGCCCAGUGUGGCGGAAUCUUGGAGGAGAUGGAAGGUGUCAUCCUGAGCCCUGGCUUUCCUGGAAACUACCCUAGCAACAGUGAUUGUACUUGGAAGAUAUCCUUUACUGUGGGAUUUGGUGCUCAUCUCCAGUUCUUAAACUUUUCUACGGAACCCAAUCACGACUUUGUUGAAAUUCGCAAUGGGCCGUACGAUACCAGUAACAUCAUCAGCCGAUUUAGCGGGACUGACCUCCCAGGCUCUCUUCUUUCCACAUCACACGAAACCACCAUAUAUUUCCACAGCGACCACUCACAGAACAAGCCUGGUUUUAAGGUAGAAUAUCAAGCUUAUGAACUCCAGGAGUGCCCAGAUCCUGAGCCCUUUGCCAAUGGCAUUGUAAGAGGAGCAGGUUACAGUGUGGGACAGUCCAUCUCUUUUGAGUGCCUCCCUGGCUAUCAGUUGAUUGGACAACCAGUCUUAACCUGUCAACAUGGAACCAAUAGGAACUGGGACCACCCAUUGCCCAGGUGUGAAGUCCCCUGUGGAGGAAACAUGACUGCCCCAAAUGGAACUAUCUACUCCCCCGGCUUUCCCAAUCAGUAUCCCAAUUCCCAGGACUGCACGUGGCUAUUUGUGGUGUCAUCUGGAUAUGGCAUCUACCUCAACUUUACCUUGCUGCAAACGGAGCCGUACAAUGACUUCAUCACUGUCUGGGAUGGUUCUCAAGAGACAGCUCCCCAGUUGGGGGUUUUCACAGGACACUCAGUGAAGAAAGCCAUCCAGAGCUCUUCCAACCAUGCUCUGAUGAAGUUUCAUAGUGAUGCAGCCAAUGGAGGCCUCUUUGCCAUCCACUUCUAUGCCUAUCAACUUUCUAAGUGCCAACCACCAACUAUGGUCCCUAAUGCUGAAAUCAUCACUGAGAAUGAGGAUUACAAUAUAGGUGAUAUUAUUAGAUAUCAAUGUCUUCCUGGUUUCACCUUGGUUGGAAAUGAGAUCCUGACAUGCAGGCUUGGUACCCACCUCCAGUUCGAAGGUCCUCCCCCAACUUGUGAAGUUCACUGUCCAAUGAAUGAGGUCCUCCAUGACUCCACAGGAGUGAUCCUAAGCCCAUCCUUCACAGGCAGCUAUCCUCACUUCCAGACUUGCUCUUGGAUGAUAGCAGUGGAACCAGACUACAACAUCACCUUCACUGUUGAAUAUUUCUUGAGUGAGAAGAAGUAUGAUGAGUUUGGGAUAUUUGAUGGGCCUUCAGGUCAAAGUCCACUGUUACUGUCUCUAAGUGGAAAUUACUCUGCACCGCUGCUGGUGACCAGUUCAGGAAACAGAGCCUAUCUCCACUGGUCCUCUGAUCAUGCCUACAGCAGGAAAGGUUUCCGGAUCCGAUAUUCUGCCCCUUAUUGCAGCCUCCCUCCAGCACCUCUCCAUGGCUCUAUCCUCAGCCACUCCGGCCUUCAGUCAGGAAGCACCAUUUGGUUCGGUUGUGACACCGGCUACCGCCUUGUUGGCCACAGCUUUUCAACAUGUUCGAGACACCCCCAGGGUUACCACCACUGGAACAAAGCCAUUCCUCUGUGUCAAGCAAUCUCCUGUGGAGUUCCCAGAGCUCCGAAGAACGGGGUUGUUUUUGGCAGGGAGUACACCAUGGGCAGCAAAGCAGAUUACCAAUGCAAAGAGGGCUUUCACCUCCAGGCCCAAGAUAACUCCAGCGUGGAGUGCCUGGCUACUGGACAGUGGAGCAAUGGCAAUAAUCCUCCUCCAUGUGUGGCGGUCAGCUGUCCUGACAUCAGCAGCAUUGCUGUGGAACAUGGGAGAUGGAGGCUGAUCCAUGAGACUCAGUACCAGUACAAUGCACAGCUCAUGUUGAUCUGCGACCCAGGCUACUAUUACAUUGGGUAUCGUGUCAUCGGCUGCCAGGCGAAUGGGAAAUGGAGCAUAGGAGAACCCAUGCCGACCUGUAGAAUCAUCUCCUGUGGAGACUUGCCUGUGCCAUCCAAUGGAAAUAGGAUUGGUACCUUAACCACUUAUGGAGCUACUGCGAUCUUCUCCUGCAAUAGCGGCUACACCUUAGUGGGUUCUCGUGUGCGAGAAUGUAUGGCCAAUGGUCUUUGGAGUGGACUAGAAGUGACAUGCCUGGCGGGACACUGUGGGGAGCCAGGUUCUAUUGUCAAUGGCCAGAUCAAUGGAGAGAACUACAAUUACCGUGGCAGUGUGGUGUACCAGUGCAACCCUGGCUUCCGGCUCAUUGGCAUGUCGGUCCGCAUCUGCCAGCAAGAUCACCACUGGUCCGGGAAGACUCCUGUUUGUGUGCCCAUCACCUGUGGUCACCCAGGCAAUCCAACAAAUGGCCUGACCCAAGGCACUCAGUUCAAUCUCAACGAUGUGGCCAAGUUUACAUGCAACAUUGGAUAUCGCCUUGAAGGGACUUCCAAGUCCCAAUGCUUGGCUAACGGCCAGUGGAGUAAACCCUUGCCCAUCUGUCGCAUUGUAAAUUGUACUGAUCCUGGACACCUGGACAACAGUGUCCGUCAAGUGCAACCAAGUGGGCCUCACAGAUACAGUUUUGGAACCACCGUCUCUUAUCAAUGCAACCAUGGAUAUUAUUUACUGGGCACCCAUGUUCUUACCUGCCAGGGCGAUGGGAUUUGGGACCGCCUCCUCCCUGUCUGUCACUUGGUCUCCUGUGGCCAUCCAGGAUCCCCACCCUAUGCCCAGAUCUUGGGUGAUGUCCACACCGUAGGGGCGGUGGUGCGUUACAAAUGCCAGGAAGGCAGGAAUUUGAUUGGCAAUUCCACCCGCACGUGUCAGCUUGAUGGGCGUUGGAGUGGCUCUCUGCCUCAUUGCUCAGGAACCAUCCAGGGACUUUGUGGUGAUCCAGGAAUCCCUUCCCAUGGUAUCCGGCAUGGUGAAAACGAAUUAAGUGUGAACAGCACGGUCUGGUUUAGCUGUGAGCCGGGUUACACUCUCCGGGGCUCACUGCAGAGAAUGUGUCAAGCCAAUGGAUCAUGGAGUGGCACUCAGCCAGAAUGCGAAGUGAUAUCAUGUGGGAACCCUGGGACGCCCAGCAACUCAAGGGUAUUAUUCAAUGACGGCCUGGUGUUCUCCAGCUCCAUCAUAUACAAGUGUCGCGAUGGCUAUUAUUCCACAGGUGUGCUCAGCAGGCAUUGUACUGUCAAUGGAACCUGGACCGGGAGUACCCCAGAAUGCACAGUGAUAAACUGUGGGGACCCUGGAGUACCAGCCAAUGGCAUCCGAAUGGGCAACGAUUUCACCUAUAAUAAGACUGUCACAUUUCAGUGCAUGCCAGGUUACAUGAUGGAGUCAGAAAGAGCUUCUACUUUAACUUGCACUAAGGACCGGACCUGGAAUGGGACGAAACCUGUCUGCAAAGCUAUCAUCUGCAAAUCUCCACAAAUCGUUUCCAAUGGAAGAGUCAUGGGCUCAGAUUUCAGUUGGGGCUCAAGUAUCAGUUAUACCUGUCUGGAAGGCUACCAGCUCUCCUUAGCUGCUGUUUUGACCUGUGAAGGAAAUGGAUCAUGGAGUGGAGAAAUCCCACAGUGUUUUCCUGUCUUUUGUGGCGAUCCAGGAAUCCCAGCAGACGGGCGACGUGAAGAUCGAGGUUUUACUUACCGCUCCUCUGUCUCUUAUUCCUGUCUGCCCCCAUUAGUGCUGGUGGGAUCAGCUCGGAGGUUCUGCCAGGCUGAUGGAUCAUGGAGUGGGACCCAGCCAAGCUGCAUCGAUGCAAGUGUUACAACCUGCAUGGAUCCAGGUGUGCCCCUUUUUGGAAUUCAAAACAAUUCCCAAGGUUAUCAGGUUGGAAGUGUCAUCUACUUCAAGUGUCAUAAAGGAUAUCUGCUGCAAGGGUCCACCACCAGAACCUGCCUUCCAAAUCUGACAUGGAGUGGAAUUCAACCAAACUGCAUCCCACACAACUGCAAGGAACCAGAUACCCCAGCCCAUGCCAAUGUGGGUGCUCUGGACCUGCCUUCGCUGGGAUACACCUUGAUCUAUUCGUGCCAGAGUGGCUUUUAUCUCACUGGAGGAUCAGAGCAUCGGACUUGUAAGGCUGAUGGCAGCUGGACAGGGAAGCCUCCCAUUUGCCUGGCGGAUGUCCGACCCAGCAGGCGACCUAUGGGUGCUGCAAAGGAUCAGCAUCUUCCAAAAGUCUCAGUUCCUGCUGAUGUCUUUGCCAAAAAUUCCUUCUGGAAAGGCUCUUAUGAAUACAUGGGCAAAAAGCAGCCAGCCAUGCUUUCGGUCACCAGCUUUGAUCCAGUCACCAGUAAAGUGAAUGCCACCCUAAUAGACCACAGCGGUGUGGAGCUUCAAGUCUCUGGUAUUUACAAAAGAGAAGAUGUCCAUCUUCUCCUCCAGGUACACCAAAUUACAGGGCCACUGGAGAUCUUCAUGAACAAAUUCAAGAAUGAUAAGUGGGCAUUGGAUGGACACGUCACCCCAGAAGCUUCAAGUGGAACAUUUGUGUACCAAGGAUUUGUCCAUGGCAAAGGUUUUGGACAAUUCGGCCUCCAAAGACUAGAUAACAGCGUCAUUGAACGGGAUUCUGAAUCAAUAGGACAUCCAUUUGCAUCCAACAGCAGCUCAGUUGCAGCUGCGAUCCUCGUGCCUUUCAUUGCCCUGAUGAUUGCAGGGUUUGUGCUCUAUCUCUACAAGCACAGGAGGAGACCGAAGGUGCCGUUCAAUGGCUAUGCCGGCCAUGAAAACACCAAUGUCCGAGGAACAUUUGAAAACCCCAUGUAUGACCGCAAUUUGCAACCAACAGACAUCAUGGCCAAUGAGGCCGAGUUUACCGUCAGCACUGUGUGUACUGCAGUAUAGCACUUACAAUUCUGUGUGCACCUUCUCCAGAGAUGGGAAUCUCACCAGUGCCCAAUGAUCCUCCUGGUUCAUCUUCGCCCAUGAUCUUCUCACCCAGAUAUGUUGGGGCUGCGGAGUUGAUAUGGUGCCUUUGAGCUGAUCCAGAGAGAGAGAAAGAGA